AUGGCUGUGCUGCCCUCCCCAAGCUCUCAAAAUUCUUGGUCCUGGCACACCAAGGGCUCCUCUAGGCAUCCCAAAGGCUCCUCUAGGCACACCAAGGGCUCCUCUAGGCACCCCAAAGGCUCCUCUAGGCAUCCCAAAGCCUCUUCUAAGCAUCCCAAAAGCUCCUCUAGGCAUGCCAAAGGCUCCUCCAAGCAUCCCAAAAGCUCCUCCAAGAAUCUCAAAGGCUCCUCCAAGCGUCCCAAAAGCUCCUCUAGGCAUCCCAAAGGCUCCUCUAUGCACCCUAAGGGCUCCUCUAAAGCAUCCCAAAGGCUCUUCUAA